CCGAGCCGUCAGACGACUGGAUAGUGGUAGGAAAAAAGCAAAAAUCGAUGAUUUUGCUCGCGUCGAUUUCGCUGGUAACCACGCACGACGGUCGUCGUCUGUCUCGUUUCGGUUCGAUCCGCGGAUAGAGGUGGCAAACGACGUUACGGGAUUCCGUAAUCGUGGAUCUAGAGUUUGUAGUUUUUUUUCGGUAACUGAAGAAUAUUGUGCCCGUUUCGCAGUGUGAUUUAGAUAUUGAUCGUCGGAUAAAGAGUUGCAGUGGUUUUCGCUGGCGAGGAAAAAUUCAGCGGCUGCUGCCGCAGCGAGCCACCAGCUCGAAGUGUGUGUGUGAGUGUGAAAAAAUGUGAAUCAUUUUCGCACUGGAGAAGAUUAUGUGUUCCCCGUGAAAAAUCGGUAUUCUCUCUGCUUAUCCGUGACUGGUCCGAGUGUCCCCGUAACCUCGAUCGCAACAAAAAAAAAAUCCGAAUCGACAAAAAUUGGUCCGUUUUCUGGAGCAACGAAAAAAAAAUGCUGCAGUUUGCAUGGAAAAAAGAAUGAGUAGGUGCUGCUCCGGAGGAAGUGAAAUCAAGUGGAUAGUUCCUUUCGCAGCGGAAGUUUCCCCCCUGGGGAACGGGAUGGCAGUGAAUAUGGUUUAGGGAAGGAAAAAAAUAUAGAAAAGAAAAGUGCUGUGUUUGUUUGUGUUUACACGUGUGAUCCAUCCAUACGUCAUUACAGAGAGACCCCUUUCGGAGGAGUGCCUCUUCGAUUCCACAUUCUCCCAUCCACCCCGUAUCCGAACAACGGAACCGAAUUAGAGGAAAACAUUAGGGGGGCACUGGGGCUUCUUCUAUGCCACUCCGAUAUUUUCUAUUCGAGUGAGGAAUUCUAGACGGCAGGAAUCAUCGAGCUGGCGGCAGUCAGAAUGGCGGACCUUACGAGGCCGCCCUAUUGCGACAUCAAAAGACCGGAGGAAGUGGUGAAAAUGACGAUGACGGACAAUCUCAAGUUCGCCGUCCUAAUCGGGCUCAUCGAGGUUGGCCAGGUGUCGAACCGGGAGGUGCUGAAUACCGUUCUGCAUUUGCUGGUCGGUGGCGAAUUCGACAUGGAACUGAACUUUGUCGUCCAGGACGCGCAGAACGUGAAACACAUGCUCGAGCUGCUGGACCACUGUCCGGCCAAUCUGCAGGCCGAGGUGUGGAGUGUGUUCAUCGCCAUCCUGAAGAAGAGCGUCCGAAAUCUGCAAGCCUGCACCGAGAUCGGACUGAUCGAACACGUCCUGGCGAGGUUGGCUCGGGCUGAGCCCAUCGUUGCCGACCUUCUGAUCGAAAUGCUCGGUGUCCUGGCCAGUUACAGCAUCACGGUGAAGGAACUGAAGCUACUGUUCGGAGCGAUGAAGGCCCUGAACGGCAAAUGGCCCCGCCAUUCAGCCAAACUGCUCAAUGUGCUCAAGCAGAUGCCACAUCGGAACGGGCCGGAUGUGUUCUUCAGUUUCCCGGGCCGAAAGGGAUCGGCAGUCGUGCUGCCCCCACUGGCAAAGUGGCCCUACGAAAGUGGUUUCACGUUCACCACCUGGUUCCGGCUGGAUCCGAUCAAUUCGGUCAACAUUGAACGGGAGAAGCCUUAUCUGUACUGCUUCAAAACGUCCAAAGGCGUCGGCUAUACGGCACACUUCGUCGGUAACUGUUUGGUGCUAACUUCGAUGAAGGUCAAGGGCAAGGGAUUCCAGCACUGCGUCAAGUAUGAGUUCCAGCCGCGCAAAUGGUACAUGAUCGCGAUCGUGUACAUCUACAACCGGUGGACGAAAAGUGAGAUCAAGUGCCUGGUCAACGGUCAGCUCGCCUCCAGCACCGAAAUGGCCUGGUUCGUUUCGACCAACGAUCCAUUCGACAAAUGUUACAUCGGUGCUACCCCGGAACUGGACGAAGAAAGGGUAUUCUGCGGUCAGAUGGCCGCCAUCUACCUGUUCAGUGAAGCAUUGACGACGCAGCAGAUUUGCGCCAUGCAUCGAUUGGGACCCGGCUAUAAGUCCCAAUUCCGGUUCGACAACGAGUGCUACCUGAACCUACCGGACAACCACAAGCGGGUGAGUCACGAGUCCUUCCCGUUGAUGUCCUCGUCGGUGAACGCCGCCGCGGCGUCCUCCCUGUCGCCAACGCCACCCGCUCCGAUCGAAUCCAACAUCCAUCGGAAUCUGGCCGCCAAUGUUGCCGCUGCUACCGCUGCUGCUGCUGCCGCCGGCACUUCCUCCUCCGCCAACGCUAGUUCUAGUUCCGCUAAUUCAGCUUCGCUGGUGCCGAGCGUCAGCGGUGCUGCCGUCGUCGCAACCGGUGCCACUUCCGGUGGCACCGGCAGCGACGGCACAGCGCUCGAUGCGGCCGGUGAACUGUUUGAUUUUGCAUCUGUUCUGUACGACGGCAAACUGUCCAGUGCGAUCGUAUUCAUGUACAACCCGGUCGCAACCGAUGGUCAACUGUGUCUACAAUCGGCCCCCAAGGGAAACCUUUCCUACUUUGUCCAUACGCCACAUUCGUUGAUGCUGCAGGAUGUCAAAGCGGUUGUCACACAUUCCAUCCACUGCACGCUCAACUCGAUCGGUGGAAUUCAGGUACUGUUCCCGCUGUUCUCUCAGCUGGAUAUGCCGUACGAGGGAACCGACGUCAAAAAGGAUCCCACCUUGUGUGCUAAGCUACUCGGAUUCAUCUGUGAACUCGUGGAGAGCUCGCAAACCGUUCAACAACACAUGAUUCAGAACCGUGGUUUCCUGGUAAUUUCGUUCAUGUUGCAACGUUCCUCCCGGGAUCAUCUAACGUCGGAGGUGCUGGGAUCCUUCCUGAGCCUCACCAAAUACUUGGUCACCUGCCUUUCGGCCAACUCGGAUCUACUGCUGAAACAGCUUUUCUGUUUCUCUUUCCUUACCUGGCAGUUACUAGAUCACGUCCUGUUCAACCCGUCGCUGUGGAUCUACACUCCGGCAACGGUGCAGGCCCGGCUGUACGCCUACCUGGCGACGGAGUUCCUCAGCGAUACUCAGAUCUACAGCAACGUGCGCCGGGUUAGUACCGUCCUGCAAACGGUUCACACACUGAAGUUCUACUACUGGGUGGUGAAUCCACGGGCCAAGUCCGGCAUUACACCGAAAGGUCUGGACGGACCGCGACCUGCCCAGAAGGACAUCCUGGCGAUCCGGGCCUACAUUCUGCUGUUCCUCAAGCAGUUGAUCAUGAUCGGCAACGGAGUCAAGGAUGACGAACUGCAAAGCAUCCUGAACUAUCUGAUGACGAUGCACGAAGACGAAAAUCUGCACGACGUUCUGCAGAUGUUGAUAUCGCUGAUGUCCGAACAUCCGAGCUCGAUGGUGCCGGCUUUCGACGUCAAGCACGGAGUUCGCACCAUCUUCAAGCUGCUGGCAGCCGAAAGUCAACUGAUCCGGCUACAGGCACUCAAGCUGCUUGGGUUUUUCUUGUCCCGGAGCACCCAUAAACGAAAGUACGACGUCAUGUCGCCACAUAACCUAUACACACUACUGGCGGAGCGAUUGCUCCUGUACGAAGAAUCACUGUCCCUACCGACGUACAACGUCCUGUAUGAAAUUAUGACCGAACACAUCUCACAGCAGAUUCUGUACGCAAAACACCCGGAACCGGAGAGUCACUACCGGCUGGAGAAUCCGAUGAUUCUGAAGGUGGUCGCCACGCUGAUCCGUCAGUCGAAACAGAGCGAACAGCUGCUGGAGGUGAAGAAGCUCUUCCUCUCCGAUAUGACUCUGCUGUGCAACAACAAUCGGGAAAAUCGACGCACCGUACUGCAGAUGAGCGUCUGGCAGGAGUGGUUGAUUGCGAUGGCGUACAUUCAUCCGAAGAAUUCGGAGGAACAGAAACUUUCGGAUAUGGUGUAUUCGCUGUUCCGCAUGUUGCUGCAUCAUGCGAUCAAGUACGAGUACGGGGGUUGGCGUGUUUGGGUCGAUACGUUGGCCAUCGUUCAUUCGAAGGUGUCUUACGAGGAGUUCAAGCUACAGUUUGCACAGAUGUACGAACACUACGAGAAACACCGGACGGAUAACAUUACGGAUCCGGCACUUCGGCAGCAAAGGCCUAUCAGUACGAUAAGUGGAUGGGAACGGGGCGCUGGAGGGUCAGGGGAUAGAGGUGGUGGUGGUGGUGAUGAUGGUGGCGGUAGUGGUGAUCAGAUCAAAGAAGAAGUUCCCGCUAUAAAAGGUGUCACGAAAAAAUGUAUCUGUGAACCGGAGCCGAUUACGGAAGAGGAUACGAGUAAACCGAGGGAAGCCCUGGAAAAUGGUCAUGAAGGGGAUGAAGAAGAGGAGGAAGAGUUGGAGGAAGAAGAAGAGGAAAUGGAAGAGGAGCAAGGCGAAGAAUUGGAACUGGAAGAGGAGGAGGAGGAAGAGGAACUAUCCCAGAGUGAGCUCAAGCGGGCGUUGGAAGUCGGAUCGCUGAAGGACAGCCAAAGCGUUUCCGAACUUGUAGUCGAAGGUAUCGUGGAGGACAUCAUCAGUAAGUCGGAAAAUUUGAUGAAACAAUCAGACGAAAUGCAGGAUUCCAACGAGGAGCAGGCAACGUCAUCGCCGGUCAUCAAGGAUGAGGAAAUUGAACUGGCAGUGAACGAAGUGGUCAAAGGUGUGCUAUCACUGAAGACUUCCGGCAUUGCACCGGCACCGGGAAGCGAAGAUGCGGUGAACAACAAUAGCAGUACGGACAGUGUUACGCAGAAGACUGAUGAUAGUGUAGCUUCAAGUGCAAUAACUAGUGAUAAUAGCAACAAUUUAAACAAUACUAAUCUAAGUAGCAUUAGUGAAGGCUGCGUAGAACAUGAAGAAGAAGAAGAGGAAGUACCAACCGAGGAACAACAGGUGACGGUGAUGGUAACUGAAAUCGUGAAUGAGUUGGUGGAAAAUAGCUUGAAAAGCAUUGACGCUACUUCAGACAACAACGACGACGGUACGGUACCGAUGGAAGCUGAUCAAAACGAAAUGGAGGAGGUGGUGAAAGAAGUGAUCGAUUCAAUUAUCUCCGAAGCAGUGGUAAAAGCGGAACAGAUAUCAACUCCGGAACCGGUGGAAGAAAUCGAACAGAUGAGCACCGAAUCCAGUCCGGAGAAACAGCUUUCGAUGGUGAAACUAGACACCGUUUCGGCAGAGAUUGCUCGAACGGAGUCUUCUACCGUCGAACAGAAAGAAGAUCUCGAUAACGAACAGCAAGAAGAUGAAGACGAUGACGAGGAAAGUGAAAUUCCCGACACCCCGGUGACGGUUGCUACCGUAAUCGAGCAAGACACCGUCAAAGCCAUCACAAGUCAAUCAAACAUUCUCCCAGUAAUCGCCAAGAAGACGGCAGUACAUGCCUCAACUAGUACCACUACGGAUUCUCCACCGGCUCACUACGAAGCCGGUGUAACCGGGUCAGUCAAACAGCAACGCUCCAAGUCGACAUCAAACCGUCCAAUGUUUUCGCCGGGACCUACUCGGCCUCCGUUCCGGAUACCGGAAUUCAAGUGGUCGUACAUCCACCAGCGCCUACUCUCCGACGUGCUUUUCUCACUGGAAACCGACAUCCAGGUGUGGAGAUCUCACUCCACCAAGAGUGUUCUGGAUUUCGUUAACUCGGCCGAAAACGCCAUCUUCGUGGUGAACACCGUUCAUCUCAUCUCGCAACUAGCCGACAAUCUAAUCAUUGCUUGCGGCGGUCUUCUGCCAUUGCUUGCAAGUGCGACAUCUCCCAACUCUGAGCUCGAUGUCCUGGAACCGACGCAAGGUAUGCCCUUGGAUGUGGCAGUUUCUUUCCUACAGCGUUUGGUCAACAUGGCCGACGUGUUGAUUUUCGCCAGUUCCCUAAACUUCGGUGAACUCGAAGCGGAGAAGAACAUGUCCAGUGGUGGCAUUCUGCGCCAGUGUCUUCGGUUGGUGUGCACUUGUGCGGUUCGCAACUGUCUGGAGUGCAAGGAACGAACCCGCGGGCUCUACAACGGAAUGUCCCUGAAGGAUAUCCCGGGUGGAGCGCACCUGCAGGCCCUAAUCCGGGGUGCACAGACUACCUCGAAGACAAUCAUCGAAUCCCUGUCCGGACCGAUGAGUCCGGUUAAAGAUCCGGAGAAGCUACUGCAGGAUAUGGACACCAACCGGCUGCGGGCCGUUAUCUACCGGGAUGUGAAACGUCUGUUCCAGGAGGAAACCAAACAGGCCCAGUUCCUCUCGCUGGCCAUCGUGUACUUCAUCUCGGUCCUGAUGGUAUCCAAAUACCGUGACAUCCUGGAACCCCCGCCGGAACUGCAGAUCCAUCGAAACUCGUCACCGGUGAUGCAACGUGCCACCCCCACCCAAGAUUCGAGCAAUCGUCCGCUGUUCCCGCAAUGGUCGCACCACGUUUAUCCACAGUUCCUACCGGGUUCCCAUCCGAACCACCAGACGGCAGCAUCGUCGUCGUCGUCGUCGUCGUUGGCUGUUGCGGCCGCUGCCGCCGGUGGUGCCAACCAAGGCUCCCAGCUCAUUAGUUCAUCGUCCUCGAUAGCCCUCGGAUCGGUUCAGAACUCCGCGGCCAACCUGCCAAUGAUGCACCAUGGCAGCAAUAAUACCAUAACCUCUUCGUCCUCGCAAACGACGUCAUCAUCGUCCUCUUCGGGACUGAUGCACGGUGGUAAUAACAACAAUAACAAUCACAACAACAACAACAACAGUAACAAUAAUGGUCUGAUGAAUGUCCCAGUUUUGAACGGACCGAUGAUCCCAAUCGGAACCUACAACGGCAAUGGCUAUCAGACCGAUAUGGUCAACUAUUACGGCCCGGGGCCGACCGGUCACCAUCACCAUCAACAGCAGCACAAUCUGGCCAAUAACAAUUCACUGACGGCGGCACUGAGUCCCGGCAGUGGCAGCCAAUAUGGCGGCCAAAGUCAUCUGCGGUCCGGUGGCCGAUCCCUCGGCCCUGUCGGCGGCGGCGGCGGGGGCUUGAACAAUGGCAUGAUCAGCCAUCCGGCGGUGGCCAAGCUCGGCAAAGGACUCAAUAACGGUGAUAGUCAUGUUUAUCAUUGUAACGGUAUAACAGGAAACCGCUCGUUGCAAGACGGAGACUACGAGGUGAUCGUGGUGGACGAAAAUAACUCCUCGGUCAUAGCCGACAAUGAUUCGCACUCGAGUGGACCCCUCUCGAUUAAGGCAUCAACCUCCAUCUACGGAUCUUCGCCUGCUCCCGGUAGCCCGAAUAGCGUCAACAGAAACAACACUAAUAGCAAAAUCACCACCACCACUACUACCACUAACACUAGGUAUCCGGUUACUACUACUACUUCUAUCACUACUACUAGCAUAAGUACGAUCCAAGAUCAACCUCUGUCGCCAACGAUAGAAAGAAAACAAUCACUGAUGCUACGUCAAACGAAGAGCGUCGACUCGGACGCGGCCUCCCUGAAUCUGAACUCAACCGAAAAUGACGCCCCGGAGGUGGAAACGUCCAGUGAAAUCAUGGCCGAUGACCACAAACCGAUCAACUCGAACGAUGAAAGCUGGACGGAUGUCAACCUGAAUGACGACGGUCCGGCGGAAACCGCCAUCAUACCCAGUAGUAAAUCAAUUAUGCGCGGUGGUGUAGCACCGGAUUCGGUUCCUGCCGUUGGAGGGCAGCUGUCGUCAUCGUCAUCGACGAUUCCGAGCGGAACGGAUCAUUCGAGUAAGCUGGAAUCGGACAUUUCGGUGGUUCGUGUUCCCGACAAUUAUCAGUCGUCGUCCGCCGUUGGACGAGGCCGUCCGGAUGAUCUGAGUCUCAAAGCACCGUUCGUAGGUCAGAUUCCGAUGGCGCUUCCCUCGCGGGAAGCAAGUCUCACCCAGAAACUGGAGAUCGCUCUGGGACCGGUCUGUCCACUACUGCGCGAAAUCAUGGUAGAUUUUGCUCCGUUCCUUUCGAAAACCCUUGUCGGAUCACACGGUCAGGAACUACUGAUGGAAGGCAAAGGAUUAACGACGUUCAAGAAUAGUCACUCGGUUGUGGAACUGGUUAUGCUACUGUGUUCACAGGAGUGGCAGAACAGUUUACAGAAACACGCCGGUCUGGCGUUCAUCGAACUGAUCAACGAAGGCCGGCUACUGUCGCAUGCGAUGAAAGAUCACAUCGUUCGAGUAGCCAACGAAGCCGAAUUCAUUCUAAACCGGAUGCGGGCUGACGAUGUUCUGAAGCAUGCCGACUUCGAGUCCCAGUGUGCUCAGACCCUACUGGAAAGAAGAGAAGAGGAACGAAUGUGUGAUCAUCUGAUUACCGCUGCCAGACGAAGAGAUAACGUGAUCGCCAGUAGGUUACUCGAGAAAGUUCGAAACAUUAUGGGAAAUCGACAUGGUGCUUGGGGUGACAACAGUGUCGGUUAUCAGAAGCAUAUCUUCUGGAAGUUGGAUGCCUGGGAAGACGAUGCCAGGAGGCGAAAACGUAUGGUUCAGAACCCCCGCGGAUCCAGUCAUCCACAGGCGACUCUGAAGGCUUCGCUCGAGAACGGAGGUAACGAAGAAGCUCGCGAAACAGCUCGGGAUGGAAUCUACUCGCAGAUUGCCGUACCACGUUCACAGCAACCGGAUCUGCUCGACGACUCGGAGCUACUGAUCGAGGAUCGCGAACUCGACCUGGACCUAACGGGGCCCGUCAACAUCAGCACCAAAGCAAAACUGAUCGCUCCGGGUCUGGUCGCCCCCGGAACCAUGUCAAUUACUUCCACCGAGAUGUACUUCGAGGUGGACGAAGAAAACUCCGAGUUUCAGGCGGUCGAUCAGGAAGUGUUGAAAUACUGUGACCACCUGCACGGAAAGUGGUACUUCUCCGAGAUACGGGCCAUCUUUUCGCGCCGUUAUCUACUGCAGAAUGUAGCGCUGGAGAUAUUCCUAGCGAGUCGUACAUCGAUUCUGUUCGCCUUCCCCGAUCAGCACACGGUAAAGAAAGUGAUUAAAGCUUUGCCGCGCGUUGGCGUAGGCAUCAAGUAUGGAAUCCCGCAGACACGCCGAGCCUCGAUGAUGUCGCCACGGCAGCUGAUGCGGAACUCCAACAUGACUCAGAAGUGGCAGCGCCGUGAAAUCUCCAACUUCGAAUAUUUAAUGUUCCUGAACACGAUCGCCGGUCGUACGUACAACGAUUUGAACCAGUACCCGGUGUUCCCGUGGGUGCUUACGAAUUACGAUUCGCGUGAGCUGGACCUCAGUCAACCGUCCAACUAUCGAGAUCUUUCGAAACCGAUCGGAGCGUUGAACCCAUCCCGGCGAGAAUACUUCGAAGAGCGGUACGAAAGCUGGGACACUCCCGGGAUACCUCCGUUCCACUACGGUACCCAUUAUUCCACUUCGGCGUUCGUUUUGAACUGGCUGAUCCGCAUCGAACCUUUCACGGCAAUGUUCCUAGCGCUGCAGGGUGGAAAGUUUGAUCACGCAGAUCGGCUGUUCUCGUCGAUUGCACUAUCCUGGAAAAACUGUCAACGAGAUACUUCGGAUGUGAAAGAACUGAUUCCGGAGUGGUAUUUCCUACCGGAGAUGUUCUACAAUUCGUCUGACUAUCGUCUCGGGCAACGGGAAGACGGCAGCAAUGUUGGGGACGUUGAGUUACCGCCAUGGGCAAAGACUCCGGAGGAAUUCGUGCGCAUAAAUCGCAUGGCUCUGGAGUCGGAGUUUGUGUCAUGUCAAUUGCAUCAGUGGAUCGACCUCAUCUUCGGCUACAAACAGCGUGGUCCGGAAGCGAUGCGUGCCACUAACGUUUUCUACUAUCUGACCUACGAGGGUAGUGUAGAUUUGGAUACAAUCACCGAUCCGGUGACUCGGGAGGCGAUCGAAAAUCAGAUCAGAAAUUUCGGUCAAACUCCCAGUCUGUUGCUGAUGGAACCACAUCCGCCGCGGAGUUCAGCAAUGCAUCUUUCGCCGAUGAUGUUCAACACAAUGCCGGAUGAUGUGUGCAUGUCGCUGAAGUUCCACCUGAACUCACCGAUUAUUCACAUCUCGGCCAAUACUUACCCUCAGCUGCCGUUGCCUUCGGUUGUUACCGUCACGGCCGGACAUCAGUUUGCCGUGAACCGCUGGAACUGUCAAUAUACCGCUAGCAUUCAGAGUCCAAGCUAUGCGGAAUCGUCGCAGAAUGUCAAUGCCAAUCUACCGCUUGCGAUGGAUCCGCUUCUUUCUCAAAUCAACGGUCACAACAACAGCCAGCAACAGAACCGUCGCCAUUUGGGUGAUAAUUUCAGUCAAAAACUGCGAAUCAAAUCGAACUGCUACGUGACCACCGUCGACAGCCGGUUUCUGAUUGCGUGUGGAUUCUGGGACAACAGCUUCCGGGUGUUCUCGACCGAAACGGCCAAAAUUGUGCAGAUCAUUUUCGGCCACUUCGACGUGGUGACGUGCCUGUCCCGGUCGGAGUGCAACAUCACCUCGGAUUGCUACAUCGCGUCCGGAUCGGCGGAUUGCACCAUUCUACUGUGGCACUGGAAUGCUCGCACGCAGAGCAUUGUCGGCGAGGGAGAGAUUCCAACCCCCCGGGCAACGCUUACCGGACACGAAACCUCAGUGACAUCGGUUGUGAUUAGUGCCGAGCUUGGCUUGGUAGUAUCCGGAUCGAUCAAUGGCCCUGUUCUGGUGCACACGACCUUCGGGGAUCUACUGCGUUCGUUGGAGGCACCGAAAGAUUUCAUUUCGCCAGAAAACAUUACUCUAUCCCGCGAAGGUUUUAUCGUGGUGAACUACGACGAGGGUAACGUAGCUGCGUACACGAUUAACGGAAAACUGUUGCGACAUGAGUCGCACAACGAUAACCUACAGUGUAUGCUCUUAUCGAGAGACGGCGAAUAUCUGAUGACCGCUGGAAACAAGGGAAUCGUGGAAGUUUGGAGAACAUUCAAUCUUGCUCCGCUGUACGCGUUCCCUGCCUGCAACAGUGGCAUCCGUUCACUGGCGCUCACUCACGAUCAGAAGUACCUUCUAGCCGGACUGGCCACCGGAUCGAUCAUCGUGUUUCACAUCGACUUCAACCGCUGGCACCACGAGUACCAGCAGCGCUACUGAAACUCGUCCCUCCGGUACGUGUCGAUGACGCGCGAAGGUGAAGCGGAACUGCAAUACCGACAGUCACCGCAACAAAGAUUGAACACCCGACAGUCGCCGCCCAGUUACGAAGGUGGUGGCGGCGGAGGCGGCAGUAGCAGCAGCAACAGUAGCACCAGUCCCGAUGUGGCUGUGUACUAAAAAAAAACAAAAGAGGUAAAGCCGGGCCUGUCAUACCGGUGGUAAGUAGUAUAGAUAAGCGUGUGUGUCUGUACGAUUUUUAGAUAGUUAGAAAGUUUUUAAUCAAUCUGCGAGUUGGAAGCAAUGGCCAAAAUACACACUCGUUGCGCUGUUGUUUGAACGCGUGCGAGUGCAUCCGGUGUGUGGGAGACAGCGAAGAAGAAGAAAAAGAAAGUUAAAUUGUUACUUAUUAUCUAUUAAAUGAAAAAUCUACGCUUCAAACUGCGUAAAAUUGUGCUAGACAAGCUUUCAACGGUUCAAUAAACGCGUCGCCGCGAAAACGCUCAGCUUUUUCGCAUUGUUGUGAGUGAAAAAAAAUCGGCGGGGGUAAAACCAACAAUGUUCAUGCUUCGACAAAACAAAAAACAGUAGCGAAAAUAACAAAAUGUUUAGCCUUUAAGAGAGAAGAACUACUUUAUCGACGGCGCGCAUCGCACAGUUGAGUGUGCAAGCAAAUACACACACACACACACAUAGACACAUACACACACAAGUAAGCCGUAAACGACACACAGAGACAGCUUAACAACGCAGCAGCGAUUGCGAUUGCGCUGAAAACGAUGCCAAAUUUGAUGUGAAAAUCAGCUGUACUUUAGGACAAAAUUCUUUUUAAACGCAUUUACGGUUCGGAAAGAAUCGCAUAAAUAACCACCACCAUUUUACUGAUUUGAAGAACAAAAAAAAACAAAUCGACGAGAACGAGACGGGAGAAGAGAGAGGAAAACCAUGUAUGCCAAAUGUAAAAUUUUUAAACAUCCGUAAGAAAAAAGCAGUAAGGAACUUUAGGCUAAGGCUCUUCUUACUACAAGAUGUUGUAAACAGAAAAAAAAUUCAAAAUAAUAGCCAGGAUGUGAGUUUAAGGUACUUCUGAAGGUUAUCCGUCCGCAAAUAUUUACAUUAAUCUAAACACUAAACGAUAAACACAUGAUCGAGCACUUAACCGUAGCACUUUUUAAAAGCCACUCCUACAAAAAAACGUUUCCGUUGCAUGGAUUGAAGAAGAAAAUACAUUAUAAAAGCAACCUAGAAACUAGUAUACCGAGACCGGGGCGAGAAGAAGCACCCCUGGAACCUACUAUUCACGUGCCAAGCAUCUUUUAGAAUCCUGUCCAAGAAUAUGUGAGAUCCCCUCCUGAGCUGAGAAAAAUAAUUAAUAGAAUUUAAUUUAAUUUUUCAGUUCCACUCUCGCUAUGCAAAUCGAUCUGAUAGCGGCAAAUUUCGUGCAUCAAAUUUUUUUUGCGCUGACCCACUGGGAGUUUAAAAUCUUCCGUCCAACAUCUGAACAAUUUUGUUCGUUUUUUUUUCUGUCAAGCGAACGCAUCAAAAUCCACGAGCGGAUUCGUUUACUUAAGUAUAAUAAAAAAAACCUGUCACCACAAUCCAGUAUAGUUGCUCAACAUGUUGCAUGAGUGAGACAGAGAGAGAGUAUGUGUGCGUGCGAGCGUGCGGCUUCGACGCCGAGCAAAGCAGGCUUUAGCAUGAUUCGAUUGCUUUUUCAUGGCGAUUUUCCGAUUUUGACAAUUGAAAAACUAAAAAAAAAACUAACUAACGUACUUAAAGAUUACUAGUCCCCGCAAGAUUGUGUAAUUCCUACCAGAUUUCGUCCAAAAUUUUGCUGUGCUAAUUCGACACAUUCCGGCCCCCACCACCCAUCCGAAAACGAGACGGAUGGAAUGCUCAUAUGAUCGCAUUGAUGUAAAAUUCAAACCCCCCACCCCCCCCCCCCCCCCCCCACCCUUCGGGCUUAACGUUUUGUGGUAAUCCUAGACUGAAUAGAGAGAGAGAGAGAGCGAGAGCAAGAGAGAGAGGGAAUAUUUCUUUUGUUUUUUUUUAUUGCCUUCCUUCUUGUUCUUAGUCAUUCCGUUGUUGUUGAAAAUGUGGUACGCAACAAGCAAGCAAACAAGUACUUAAUUUUCGAUAAGCAUUACUAGUUUUAUUCGUUAGUCACUUCUAGUAUCUAAGUCGGUGUUGGUGUAAAUUUAGACGAGUGAAUUUAGAUUACAAGCAGAAAAAAAUCCAAAUCUAUCAAUUUUGAUGUGGCACUUAGCUAGUUUAUUGAAGAAACAGAGGAAAAAUCUAUGGUGGAUAAUCAAAAAAAUAAGAUGAAAGGCUUGAAGUAAACGCUUUUUCUUUGAUUGUUUUGCGCACUUCACACCUGCCACCGUUAGUAGAAUCCUGCAAACAAAGUAGUUGCAAAAAUAAAAAAAAAAAAAGAAACAAGAAACUUUAUGGUUAAUAUUUUUAAAAGAACAAUGAAAGCUAGUAGGAAAUAAGUCAACAAACCCGAUGCACCUCUUCUAAUAAAAUGGCAUUAUUUUAUCAACUAUCAGCAUGAAUUUGAACGGCAACAGAUAAAGUUUUAACAAAACACACACACAGGACAAUGAAUGAAAAACCAAAACAUAAUUUCGACUAUAAUUUCCGAAACGUGCAUUUUUAACUCAGUCUAAUAACACAAAUAAUGAAAAUCGCUGAAACAAAGUGUAGAAAAUGCACUGAAUAAUGCUUAAGCAAACUAGCAAAGGAAACAAUACAAACAAAAAAAAAAAACAAAAAUAUUAAGAUAAUCCCGCGAUGUUUACCAGCUGUAACUUUUUUAUAUUGAAACGAUAACAACUCUAAUUAGCAAAAAAACAGCAGCAGCCAGUGUUGAAAACAUUCCUUAACAAGAUAAGCCACCAGCAAACCAGCAACAACCAAACUACGUUCUCACACACAGACACAUACUCAUAUAAGCUUGUAGACUAGAACGAAGGAGAGAAAAGAAGAGAAAAACGCGUCCGCUCUUGGAGCCACGCGAUUGACAGUUAGGUAAUUAGCCGGACACCGCCAGAAAUAUGGGAUAUAUUUUGUGAAACAUUAUUGCUACUAAAAAAAAACUAAACUAAACCGAGAAUAGAAGCUAUAUGCGCCACCAAACCUUCGGUGGAAUAAUUGAAAGAAGAUGAAAACUAUACAAAACUAACACACAACAAGCAGCAUCAAAUUAAUCGGAAUCUAAGCGUUUGCUGGUUGCAGAAAAAUAUUAAAUAUUAAAAAAAUAUUUGCAAAAAAAAACCGGCGAACAAGUUAAAUUUACUUAAGAUUUAAUUAAUGAUUAGAGGCGGGAAUAAAGCUAAGUGAGUAAAACAAAAAUAAAAACAAAACACAAAAAAAAACACAUGAGAAAACACAGAGAUGAUGAGAACAAGUCAAAGAAGCGUUGUUACUAUGCCCAAUUUAUUGUACAAUAAAGUAAAUUAAAUUA